GUUGCUGCGUGCACGUUCUUCGCGCUAAAAACACAUUCAGACAAAAAUUUCUCCACACACCUAAUUAGCGAUAAACCACUGGCUACUACCAUCAUCGCUGCGCAUAGCACCAAACAACCCUCUUCCACUAUCGCAAGCCAUGGCUUCUCUGCAAGCGAGUCCUCCAUUCCGUUGCCAUUUCAGUUCUCCUUCUCUUAGAAAUCGGAAUUUUACCUUUUACCGGCGGUUUCCGGCCUCUUUUGCACGCAAUGUUAGGGUUUUUGCAUUUAGGGGGAAGAGUCGUCUAGGCAGAGAUGGAGUUUACUCGAUUGGUUGCCCUUGCAAAGCGAGUAUUGCUGCAAUUGAGAAGGCUUCAGUUGAGGAAGAGAAUGAGCGGCCUCCUUUCGAUAUCAAUCUCGCUGUUGUUCUUGCUGGUUUCGCUUUUGAAGCAUAUACAAGUCCCCCUGAAAAGUUCGGCAGGCGUGAGGUUGAUGCUGCAGGUUGUAAGACUGUGUACCUCUCAGAGACAUUUGUACGUGAGAUAUAUGACGGCCAGUUGUUCAUAAAACUGAAAAGGGGUUUCGAUUUACCUGCAAUGGAUCCAUGGGGAACAAGUGAUCCAUAUGUGGUCAUGCAAUUGGAUGGGCAAGUUGUCAAAAGCAACAUUAAGUGGGGGAAAAAGGAGCCAACUUGGAAUGAGGACUUCACUUUCAAUAUUAAGCAGCAUCAAAUAAAAAAUCUUCAGGUUGCUGCUUGGGAUGCAAAUCUUGUAACUCCACAUAAACGCAUGGGUAAUGCAGUCAUUGGUGUGGAAUAUCUCUGUGAUGGGAACUUACAUGAGAUGCUGGUGGAAUUGGAAGGGAUGGGUGGUGGUGGAAAGUUGCAGUUGGAGGUUAAGUAUAAAAGUUUUGGUGAAAUUGAAGAAGAAAAGAAGCGGUGGAGGCUCCCCCUGGUCUCAGAAUUUCUUCAGAGAAAUGGUUUUGAUUCUGCAUUAAAAAAGCUUGUUGGCUCUGAAACUGUGCCAGCACGUCAAUUUGUAGAAUAUGCUUUUGGACAAUUGAAGUCAUUCAAUGGUGCAUACCUUUCAAAGGAUCUAUCUUCAAACAGUGAUGGUUCAGAAGUUGCAGGGAAUCCCAGCAGUUCUUUAGCGUCAGAUAUUCCUUCACAAACAGAGAACAUUUCAGAAACCUCUUUGAAUGAAACAACUACCAGCCAGGAGAGUAAUUUAGAGUUGUUCCACACUGAUAAUGGUGACUUAGAUAAUGGACACUCAACAGAAUUGGGGGCAAAAGCUGGUGAAACUAUGCAAUCAAAUAAGCAUUUUUGGAAGAACUUUGCUGAACUUAUCAACCAAAAUAUAGUUCAGAAACACGGUCUCCCUGUUUCCAUGGAACUCAAGUGGGAUGGAUUUGACUUACUGAACAAAAUUGGAUUGCAGUCACAAAAGAUUGCUGAAGCAGGUUAUAUUGAAUCUGGACUUGCUACACCACAAGUUCAGGAUGCUGAAAGUGAUAAAGCAAGUGGCCCACAUACCAUUGGCCCAAUUAAGGCUUCACUUCCAGAUAUAAAAAAGGCGACAGAUGAUUUACUAAGGCAAACUGAUGCUGUCUUGGGGGCAUUCAUGGUUUUGACAGCAGCAAUUUCUAAAUUAAACAAAGAAGCACAAUCAGGAAAGAGUUCUGAUGAUAGUGAGAAGUUCAUUAGCUCCCUCAAUGUGUCUGAAUUGGAUGAAAAGAAAGCUGAGGAGAUGAGAACGCUUUUUUCAACCGCCGAAACUGCAAUGGAGGCUUGGGCAAUGCUUGCUACUUCACUGGGUCGUCCGAGUUUUAUUAAGUCUGAAUUUGAGAAAAUAUGCUUUUUAGAUAAUCCAUCCACAGAUACCCAGGUAGCCAUCUGGCGUGAUUCUGCACGGCGAAGAUUGGUAAUUGCUUUCAGGGGGACAGAACAAGCUAAAUGGAAGGACUUGCGAACAGAUUUAAUGCUUGUUCCUGCUGGCCUAAAUCCUGAAAGAAUUGGUGGGGAUUUUAAGCAAGAAAUCCAGGUUCAUAGUGGUUUUCUAAGUGCCUAUGAUUCAGUCAGGAUAAGGAUCAUCUCCAUCAUUAAAUUGGCAAUUGGUUAUGUUGAUGAUGGAGCUGAACCACCAGUCAAAUGGCAUGUUUAUGUUACUGGUCAUAGUUUGGGUGGUGCAUUAGCUACCCUUCUUGCUCUUGAACUUUCUUCAAGUCAGCUAUCAAAGCAUGGUGCAAUUUCUGUGACUAUGUAUAACUUUGGAUCUCCUAGAGUUGGUAACAGAAGAUUUGCAGAAGUUUAUAAUCAGAAAGUCAAGGACAGCUGGAGAGUUGUGAACCACAGAGAUAUCAUACCGACUGUUCCUCGAUUGAUGGGCUAUUGCCAUGUGGCUCAGCCGGUUUAUUUAGCAGCUGGAGAGCUAAAUGAAGUUUUGGGAAACCUAGAACUUUCAAAAGAUGGUUACCCAGUUGAUGUGGUUGGAGAGUCUACACCGGAUGUGCUCGUCCAAGAAUUUAUGAAAGGUGAGAAGGAACUCAUUGAAAAAAUAUUGCAAACUGAGAUAAAUAUAUUUCGUGCAAUUCGAGAUGGUACUGCACUCAUGCAGCACAUGGAGGAUUUCUAUUAUAUCACAUUGCUAGAGAAUGUGAGAUCAAGUUACCAGACAGCUAGAAAUACAAGGCUAGAAAGCAAAGAACAAGACAGCGCAUCGAUCAUCUAAAAACGCCAACAUUUGAAUGGUAACAGCCAAAGCUUAUCUACUUUUCUAUACUUCUCACAGAAUAAAUUCUCUGCACUUCUCAUGCGGGCUCCAUAAACUGCAGCUCCUGUUGGAAGCCCAUGAAAAAGUUUACUUGUACAGACAGAAGAAAGAAAAGAAAUUGUACUUGUACAGUGUUUUUUUUUUUUUUAAUCUCAAUUAUCAUUAUGAGAUGGUAAACUUUGUAGACAAGAUAUUCUUCACCUGUUCAGUAGCAUGGUACCCAAUGUUAAGGGGACCACAAAGUAUUCUAAAUAUGAAAAGACAUCACUCAUAAGAUUCUCAUUC